UCAUCGUCCCCCUAAACCCUCCAACACAAUUCACAUCGACAAAUAUAUAUUAUUCAUUGUUCUUUAUCUGCGAUUUUAGUUCCAACAGAAAGAAACUAACAAAGGAGAAGCUAGAUAUAUGGCUCAAGAGGACUUGACCACGCAGCAAAAACAGAUGGCGGAGGAGGUGGAAGAGCAGCAGCAGCAGCUCAAGUACCUGCAAUUUGUUCAAGUGGCUGUACUUCACGCCGCGGUUUGCUUCUCAAAUGCUUAUGGUUAUGCCAAGGAGAAAUCCGGCCCUCUGAGGCCCAGCGUUGAGUCAGCGGAGGGAGCUGUGAAGACCGUUGUUGGACCCGUGUAUGAAAAGUACCAGGCUCUCCCCGCCAACCUCCUCGCUUUCGUUGAUGGCAAGGUCGACGAAUCUGUGACCAAGCUGGCUUCAUCCCAAGCAAUGUCUGCUGCUCAGAAAGCGCCAGAGACGGCUCGAGCUGCUGCAUCGGAGUUUCAGCAAAGGAGCACAAGCAUGGCUAAGUCGGUAUACUCGAAGUACGAACCGAAAGCUGAGCAAUGUGCUGUUUGUGCAUGGAGAAAGCUGAAUGAGCUACCUGUGGUACCGAAGGUGGCUGAGAUUGUUGUACCAACUGCUGCAUAUUGUUCUGAAAAGUACAACCACAGUGUGCGUUGCACUGCGGAGAAGGGGUACAGGGUGGCCUCCUAUUUGCCUUUGGUUCCAAUAGAGAAAAUUGUAAAGGUUGUUGGAGGCAAUGUGCAAGAAGCCGUUCAGUGAUUGUUUGAUGUCAUUGUUGCCUUAUGUUUUACUAGGAGUUCUGAUGUUUUAUGGCCUCUGUAACAUUUUAUUCUUCCUUUUUAUGAGUAUUGUAUCAUUGUUAUUA